CGUCGUGGUAGCGGGCAGCAUGGCGCCUUACACAGGCAACUUCGACUUGGAGAGCGAGGUGUGUGCCACGGGAAACAUCUCCGUGAAGAAGUUCCGCUCCAGGGAGUCGGGCCUCACCGUCUGCCUGGCCGACGUCGAGGGCCCACUGGUCGGCGGACACUUCUGCCUGGCAACGGAGGCUUACGAUGAUGAUGGCCUGCCCCACACCUUGGAGCACCUUGUCUUCAUGGGCAGCGAGGAAUACCCGUACAAAGGUGUCUUGGAUCUCCUAGCAAAUCGGUGUCUGGCGCAAGGAACAAAUGCAUGGACAGACACCGAUCACACGUGUUACACCAUCACGACGGCUGGGAGUGAGGGUUUUCUCAACCUGCUGCCCAUUUACCUGGACCACAUUCUUUACCCGACACUGACGGAAUCCAGCUACAUCACGGAAGUGCAUCACAUUAAUGGCGAUGGGGAGAACGCCGGCGUCGUUUACUGUGAAAUGCAGGCUCGAGAGAACACGGGAGAGAGCCGCACGCAUCGUGCCAUGCUUAAUGCCAUGUACUCCGGUCGCUGUGGGUACAAAUCAGAAACCGGCGGGAUGCUAGAGAACCUCAGGAUGAGCACCUCGCAUAAAAAGGUAUGCGACUACCACCGCACGUUUUAUCGGCCCGAGAAUCUUUGCCUCAUCAUCACGGGCCAGGUGGACCCUGAAGAAGUUUUCCGGGCUUUGGAUCUCACCGAACAAAAAAUUAAAUCAAAGGAACCCCUGCCACCUCACGUGCGUCCUUGGCAGUCCUCUGUUCCUGAGUUUACAGACUUAACAGAGUCUGUGGUGCGAUACCCAAGUGAUGAUGAGACAACCGGCAUGGUGACCGUCGCCUGGCGGGGUCCAUACGCCAAGGAUCUGUACAAGAUGACUGCCAUCGCUACGCUUAUGGAGUAUUUGAGCGAUACGGCCAUAUCUCCACUCCAGCGGGACUUGGUGGAGAUCUCGGACCCGUACUGCAACAAGGUGGGGUGCAAUAUCCUCGAGAACAGUGUUGGCUGUGUCUACAUAAAGUGCUGCAAUGUGCCUUUCCCCAAACUGAACGACGUGAAGGAAAAGCUCCUGACCACGCUGCGGAGGAUCGGGGACGGCACGGAGGCUCUUGACAUGCCCCGUAUGCAAACCGUCAUCGCCCGGCAGAUUCUGGAGGCACUCAACCAUGCUGAAGAUCACCCACACGAAGCCAUCGCUUUCUCCUGCAUCGGACACUUCCUCUACGGCGAUACCGAGGAGGAGUUGCGUAAGCGGCUGAACCAGGUGGAGGCGUUCAAGAAGCUGGCGGAGGAGCCCGUGGAGUUUUGGCUGGACCUCCUCAACUUCUACUUUGUUGAUAAGCCCUGUGUCACGGUUGUCGGGGAGCCCAGCCAUGCGCUGCAGGUGGAAAUGGAAGCAGCGGAGAGCAGGAGAGUGGAGCGCCAGCGGGAGACGCUGGGAGAGGAGGGGCUGCUGAAGUGCGCCAAGAUCAUAGAGAAUGCGCUGCAGCAAAACGAGAAAGAGCCGCCGGAGGAAAUUGUGAGCCGCCUGCCUAUCCCGAGCACGGACAGCAUCCACUUCCACCCCAUUAAACCUACCUCCAACAUAUCGGUCUGCCACGUGGCGGGCCACAGCGAAGACGGGCGCUUCCCGUUGAACGAGAUCUGCUUCCCUUUCCAGCUCGACCACGUUCACUCGAACUUUGUCCGGUACAUAGUUAUGCUGGACACCACCCCGAUGCCACAAGAGCUCAAACCUUACCUCGGCCUGUACUCGGAGAUAAUAUUCGAGUCACCGUUGAUGCGUAAUGGAGCUCUGGUGCCCCAUGAGGAGGUGAUUAAACAGCUGGCAGAGGACACUGUGAAGAACGAUGCCACGCUGGGCAUGAAGGGCUGCCGAUUCUUCUGUGGAAGCUACGCGCACCUCCUGUGCAUCAUGCUCAAGGUGGACAGGCAGAAAUAUUGCAAAGGUGUGCAGUGGAUUAGGGAGCUGAUGCGCCAGGUGGUCUUCACUCCCGAGCGAAUCCAGAUCGUGGCCACCAAGAUCCUGAACGAAGUUCCACGACACAAGCGCGACGGGUCGACGGUGGUCACAGCGAUUUUGAAAGAGCUCAACUUCCCAUCGGAAAGCAACCACACCAAGAUGAACAUGAUCAGACAGCAGAGGUUUCUCACCGACCUGCUCAAACGGCUCGAGACAGACCCAAAGCAGGUGAUCGCGGACAUGGAGCGAGUGGCCGAGGUGGUGAUGUCUGCCGAGAAUCUACGCGUGCACGUGUCGGCCGACGUGGGCUGGCUGGCAGCCGAGUUCCCGCAGCCCCAGCAGCCCUGGCUCGAUGGCUCUCUCUUCCCGCAAGCCGAGAUAACGGCAACACGCCUACUGGAAAUGACGCAAGGUCACGAGCACCUUCUGCCAAUGGGAGUGACCGGGAUUCUCAUCGGAGUGGGAUCCGUGGAGUCCAGCUAUGUUAUGGAGUCCGUUCCAUGCAUUACCGACUACACCCACCCAGACCUGCCGGCAAUUAUGGUGUUUAUAGAAUACCUUACCGCUCUGGAGGGCCCCAUGUGGAGGCAAUUGAGAGGGCUCGGUCUAGCAUACCACUACAGCAUGCGUGCCGUACCCAGCCAGGGCCUCCUCUUCUUCUCGCUGUACAAGUCGAGCCACCCAGUCAGCGCUUAUAAGCACGCCAAGGAGAUCCUGGAUGAGUUUGUGUUGGGUGCUACUCCCUGGGACCCUGUGAUAUUGGAGUCGUCCAUCUCGAGUGUCAUUUUCGAGAUCAUCGAGCGCGAGACGACCGUCUCCGAGGCCUCCCUGCAGUCCCUCAUGUCCAGCUUCCGCAAAAUGGACAACAAGACGCUGCUGGGGAAGGUGGCGCGCGUGACGGCGGAGGAUUUGCGGCGCGUUGGCCGCGAGUAUUUCACGCGGCUGUUCGACCCGGCUCACUCGCGGUGCGCCGUGGUGUGCAGCCCAGCCAAGGUCGAAGAGAUCAGCCAGGGCUUCAGAGGGCUGGGGAGAGAGCUGACAAUCUGGUCAUCUCUGGAAGACAACUUCCCUUGAGUGAAUACAUGAAAAUAUGUUCGUGAUAAACAAUACGGUAAAAUCUUGAUUUGAAACCGAAGAAUAUGAUAUUUUCACAGUUAUAAAUGUUUUUCUGAACAAUGACAUUUUUGAUUAAAAUGGGCGCAUGGAUUUAGCUGGGGAAAAUGGCACAAUUAAAAAAAAGGUAAAAAAAAUUCAAGUUUCAGUGUUACAAUCUUCCCUCGUGGCAUUGGAUAUUUUAGGAAUGAGCAAAAAAAAUAACUUUCCAAAAACAAAUUCAACCAUCAUCGUCGUAACUAAAUCAUAUUGUCAUGAUGUGACCAAACAAUAUCUUCACCAAGGGUGACCCAGGGAAAUCUGCAAUAAAAGGGACCGUUAAUUCGUUUUAUUAAAGUUCAUCUUAAAGUAGUGCAUCAUGACGAUGACACCAUUUGCAAUUAUUUGACAGGGUCAGUAAUGUCCACCGUGCGACAGUCCCCACACUCUUGGCGAAUAUGCCUUGCAACGUUAUCCGAGGGGGUUUAAUGGGUCCUACUCCCCUGAUAUUUAAGGAGUUUCGAUUUAAAGCUUUCGUGACUGCAGGGAUUCAUAUUCUUGGUUCUUUUGGGUGUGAUGAUUGCUUGUGUUGCAAUCGAAACGUCGUGAGAAUUUUAUUGUUUUCUUUUUUAUUAUUUCCCUUCUUCGUGACUUUACCGAAAGAACCAAGAAUAUUUAAGGAGUUAUCAAGGUGUAAGUUACUAAGUCGGUGUGCGGUCUCUGCCAUUUACUCUUGAACUUGUGGAGUUGUACCGUUAACCGGAUUACCCUUGUCUUAUAAUUAGCAUUCAAAAAAAUAACUUAAUCUUGACAACAUGAAAAGUGUUACGCAUUUUCCCUUGGCAAUUUUGUGGAAAGUUAUUGUCUAUUGGUCAUAGACUUGACAUUUAAUUUGGCGAUUACAAAUUUAACGUUAUCAAGGAAUAUAUUACUGAUGUAACCACCCUUAGGUUUUUUUUUUUUUCAAAUUAUAAAUGAGUCAAUCUUCUUCAAUGAAGGAAUUGCAUUUUUGAUGUAGAAAAUGAAGGAGCAAUCUUUGCCAUCAAUAACACUACCUGUUAUUUAAUUGGUAACUUAUGUUUUAACUAUAGAUGACCAUGGCGCAAUAUUUAACAUCAAAUUAAUGUUUUUGUCAUGAAGUGGUCGAUAUGAUUAACUGUGGCCUAAAUUUCAAUUGUGCACCGUCAGUCUUAAUUUUUCAAAAUGCCAACCGAAUUGAAACUAAUUUUUCCAUUUUUGGUAUGAACGGUUUUUGAUACCACAUGCAUUAAUCCAUCUCCAUGUUAUAGUCAUCGAUUUAACUUCAGCUGCUGUGAUUCAUUCUCUGGCAUGUUUUAUUGUUUUGUUAAAAACGUUCUUCUGUUGUUUGUCAUCGAUACAUUUAUGCAUGUACCCAGUUGCCUAAUAAACAUCGAAAGAAAAUC